AUGGUAGAAAUAGACGGUGAAAUAUUGAGGGUCGACUCUCAUUGCGGUCCUUACGGCUUCUUUGUAACCCUACCGUCUAACGCAUCAUUGCGUACAUUUUGUAUCAAUGUCGCAGCAACACCCGAAGAGCCGCACAUAUACAUUACACUAGACGUCCCCCAGAAUGAUAUGUCGGGAGAUUUUUACCUCCACCUUAAUCUGCACAAGGAAGCUCAUUCCCUCAUUCAAGACACCUACGGUACCGGAGCAUGUUUUGCAGUGCUCAGAAGGCAAAGUUACGAGGUAGAAGUGCGUUUUGAAUCAGCCUUACGAUUCUGCCACUGCUGGGAGAACCAUCCAGAGGAUGAACAGUCAGACAUGUUCCUUCCCGUGGAAGCAGAGACGGCGCAACAUAGGAUAUCGAUAAGCCUUCAUCCCCGAUCCGUGUAUAAACCCUCAACGCAGCGCCCAGCCGAUCUCUUUGAUUUCUUUCCCAAGAGCCGACUAUCCUUGAAAGUCACACUCCCUAUUAUUGUAGCGUUGUGGUUUGCUAGUGCUGGAAUAUGCAUCGUAGGUCAUAUCAAAUUCGGCUUCAGCUUCUUCGCCUUCACCUGGGUCAUCAUCCUCUUCUUCCCUUUCCUAACCAUGACCUACAUCAUGUACUUGACGAAAUCCAGUUGGCUCAUGAGCUACACAACCGGCAACGUGGCCUGGUACGUCAAAGUAGCUUGGUCCCGCUGGUCACCGACGGUCUACAAUGUGCGCAUCUGGUCGAGAUGGGUCUGGAUACAUUGCAAACCGGGCGUUAUCUGGAUCAGGGGAUUGAAACCUCGACGUGACAUCUUCAAGUUCAGCAAGAAGGCUUCGGGGUCUACUACGGAAUUGAUGAGCAAGGAUCACCAAGGUCAUGUGAAAGAUGAGGAUGUGACUGGGGUCAAUGCGUCAAACUAUGAUGCUUUCAAAGAUAUGGAGAAUAUAACAUACAAGAUGCUGGAUGAGGAUUACGCGCGGGUUCUUUGUGCUAUGGAUAGGCAGAUGUGGUGGGCGGACGGCCAUACUGAAUGA